AUGAUCGCUAACGUACAGAAGAAAAACGAGGAAAUCAAGAAACUGGUCCAGUCCUUGGAGGAAAAACUAGAAGAAGUGAGUUCCUUGGAAUCCUAUCAUGAUAUAUACCGAGUUCCCAGGGAGCUUUACAAGCUAAAGCCAGAUGCCUACACACCUCAGUCAGUCUCAAUUGGACCUGUGCACCAUAACAAGGAACACUUAAAGGCCAUGGAAACACAGAAGUUACGGUAUUUAAAACGCUUUCUUAAUCGAUCUGGUAAAACCUUAGAUUUCUAUGUCAAAGCUGUGAGUGAUUUGGAAGAAGAAGCUCGCAAAUGUUAUUCAGAUAUCAAGAGCUUCGGAAGAGAUGAAUUUGUUAAGAUGAUAAUGAUGGAUAGCUGCUUUAUAUUUGAGUUAAUGGAAAUCAUGAAAUCAAUGGAAGAGGAGAAUAAUUUUAUAUCAAAUGAGGCAUGGACUAUCGAAAUCACAACUGACUUGAUUAAGCUUGAAAAUCAGCUUCCCUUGUUUGUUCUUAAGCAUUUACAUGGCCUAUUGUUUGAUGAUCAUCCCCGUCAAGGUGAACAACCGUCGCCGCUGCCACCACCACCGCUGCCCCUCCAUCAUCAUAUUUAUGUCCAUCUCAUAAAGCCGUAUGCAGUGGUAUUCAAUGGCCCAAUCCUUUCUAGUGCUGAAGAAAUAGAAUCAUUACUAUUGGCAGAAGGCGGAGCAAAACAUUUUCUUGAUUUUUUAAGAUGUAUCCUCAUCCCAUCAUCAUCUUCUUCUAAAGGUAUGAGGAAACAUGGUGGUGGUGGUGGCGGUGGUGUUGAUCAAGAAGAGAAUUUGCGGCUUACUUAUAAUGCCUCGGAACUUAAAACUGCCGGUGUCAAGUUUCAGAACUCUCCAGCAAAAAAAACAUCUUUAUUCGACAUAGAAUUUGAUAUGAGAAAGGGAGUAUUGAGAAUCCCAACUAUAACGAUAUGGGAUGAUACAGAACCACUCCUGAGAAACCUUAUUGCCAUUGAACAAUAUCAACCUUACACUAGUCGAUAUUUCACAGCCUACGCAGCCUUCAUGGAUGACCUCAUCGACACUGCUGGGGAUGUGGAGUUGCUUGUGCGGAAGGGAAUUAUUGCAAACAGAGUUGGCAGCGUAGAAACUGUGGUUAACUUAUUUAAUAACAUUACUAAACAUGUUAUUGUUGGGUGUCCUUAUUUCUCUGGUGUUAUCAAGGAAUUGGGUGACUAUCAUGAUAAAUCAUGGAAUAAAUGGAUGGCAAAUUUGAGACAAAAUUAUUUCCAUACACCAUGGGCAGUAAUUUCAGUUGUUGCUGCAGUGUUCCUCAUCAUCUUGACUGUAAUACAGACUAUAUGUUCCAUCUUACAAGUUAAACAAUUUUGA